AUGGUCCCUAUCACUCCCCAGCGUCCGUCCGGGCGCCAUCUCAACUCGUCGUCCACAUUCGACUCUACCCUCUCGUCCUCAUCCCCGGGAUCUACCUCUACACUCCCCUCAUCCGCGCCAACCCCGUACAACACCGUCAUUCCGUCCACACCGGACCAUGAUAUCUCUUUUGAUACAGAGUCAGCCUUCGGCUCUUCCUCUCGCCUCACUUCUCGGGCGGGCGGGGACAUGCGGAUGGACUCGUCACCGUCUCGACCAACACCUACCUCCUCGCGCCAUCCCAGCAGCUUCUCCAGCUAUGCCGGAAGCUCGCAUCACCUUCUUCCCUACACACCGCCAAUUCGGGAUCCGCAAAUCCAGUCGUUCUCCAUCCCGUCCUCGGAUCGACCCGUCCCUCCCCCACUCUCCCUCGGCCACUCAUCCGCCUCCGGCCCUGAUGCCAAGUCUAUCGACGAGGACAUUGGGAAAGGCACAUUCGAGGCACCUGGUCACGACUCUGGGCCGGACGCCAAUACUCAGGCGGAUAGGGAUGCGCUCCGGCUCCAGCAGCUAGGGUAUGAUCCAGUGUUGGGGAGGGACUAUACGUUCUGGUCGAGUUUGGCGAUCAGCUGGUUGAAUAUUGGGUGUAUACAGGGGACGGUCUAUGCUGUAUCGGGGGCGUACUCGUUUGGUGGGCCGUUGAUGAUUCUCGUCAUGUGGCCCCUCUCCGGGAUAUGGACCAUCUUCCUCACCCUCUCUCUCGCCGAACUCGCCUCCGUCUACCCAGUAUCCGGCGCGAUGGCAUCAUGGGCGUGGAAAGUUGCGAGAGGAGGAGUAGGGUGGGAGAGGUGGUGGGCGUGGUUGAUGGGCGGGGUUGUUCUUGGGGGACAUGUUGCGAAUGUCCUGCUGGUAACUUGGCAGCUCGUCAACAUCGUACACGGUAUCAUGGGCCUCAGCUUCGACUAUGACUACAAGCCAUGGCAUGGUAUCUUGUUCUACCUCACCGUCCUCUUCGUAUGCGGUCUUGUCGGCUCGCAGGCCUGGGGUCGAUCACACCGCUUCUGGAUCUGCGCAGGGAUCUAUGGAGUAUGCGUCUGGUUGAUACUCUGCGUCUCUCUGCUAGCAUCCUCUGGCGCUCGCCACUCAUACUCCGUCUCGCCGAGUCUCUUCCUCAACAAUACGGGAUGGGAGUCGAGGCCGUAUGUCUUCAUAUUGGGCUGGGAGUACUGUACGAUUGCGUCUGGGCAUGACGCUUCGGCACACAUGGCAGAGGAGACGCAGAACCCCUCUCGCAAUGUACCGAACGCGAUGGUCUGCGCUAUGGCCCUGACCUAUAUCUGCGGGAUGAUCUCGAUCAGUCUGCUCUUGCUGUCGAUCAACCCGGAAGAUGCUGCUACCGUAGCGGAACAUACCUUUGCAGUUGGCUUCAUCCUUACUCAAGCCAUCAAUCGUCCCGCUGCUAUCGGCAUCUGCACCCUUCUCAUCUUCACCCUCACCGUCCAAAUCAUGGCUCAGCUCCAAGCAUCAUCUCGCUUCGUCUUCGCCAUGGCUCGGGACAACGCUAUGCCCUUUGCUGCCUCGAUCAGACGUACCAACGCCCGGAAACAGCCGAUCGUGGCGCACUGGCUGGUCAUUGCGCUCUGCGUUCCGUUCUCGCUUUUGGUGUUGGCGGGGAAGGGGCCGGUGUAUUCGGUGCUGGCGGUCACGGCGAGUACGCUGAGUUAUCUGGGCUAUACCACACCUGUCCUACUCUACCUCCUCUCCGGCAAGGAUCUCCGCACCGAGGGAAGAUCCUCCUGGUCACUCCGCACCAAGAGCAAGAUCAUCGGAACCGUCGGCGUCUGCUAUGGUAUCGCCGUCAUCUCGCUAUCCAUGGCUCCUGGAGAAUACCCCGUCACUGUCCAGAGUAUCAGCUGGGGACCGGUCAUUCUCGUUGGGACUGUAGCGGUCUGCCUCCUCACUUGGCGCUUCUACGGGAUCAAGCACUACUCCGGACCCAUCAAAGCAGUUACCAAGUGGGAGACUGGUGUCGAGAUCGACCUUCAAUCCGCCAUCACCACUCAGCGAAGUCGACCAACCGAUCCUGGCGCCGAUGCGGACUACUUUGGGCCUACCGACCCGGGUUCCAAGGCUCGAGGGACGAUACCUGUCUUUGUCCAGACGGCGGAUGAUUCUGAACGGCAGACAUCGACGAGAGGGACGGGUGGGACGGGCUCGGAGUGGACGGACGCGACGGCUAGUUCUGCUUCGGGACAGACUGCGACGCGGGCGGAGAUGGGCUCGGACGCUGGUAUGGAAAUGAGGGAGAGGUUGGACUCGGAAGAUCUGAGGGGUGUGGUGGAGAUCUUGAGGGAGUCAGGGGAGGGAGAGGAGAGGCAUCGGGGAAGAUAG